CCUGCGACCCCCGCUCUCCGGGGCGCGGGCAGGGACUCCGCAUCCCUAGGAUCCCGCACAUGGAUGCACACGUCCCUUUCUCGGGCUUCCCGGCCCUGCCCUCGGUCUCACCGUCGGGGCCACAGCCGCCGUCGCUGCCGGGAGCCGCCGAACCGGGGCGCGAACCCGAAGAAGUGGUGGGCGGUGGGGACGUCGAGCCCACGGCCGCGCCAGGCCCGGGGAGGAGACGCCGGCGGCCGCUACAGCGUGGAAAGCCACCCUACUCGUACAUUGCGCUCAUCGCCAUGGCCCUGGCGCAUGCUCCGGGCCGCCGUCUCACGCUGGCAGCCAUCUACCGCUUCAUCACCGAGCGCUUCGCCUUCUACCGCGACAGCCCACGCAAGUGGCAGAACAGCAUCCGCCACAACCUCACCCUCAACGACUGCUUCGUCAAGGUGCCGCGCGAGCCGGGCAACCCGGGCAAGGGCAACUACUGGACGCUCGAUCCCGCGGCCGCUGACAUGUUCGACAACGGCAGCUUCCUGCGGCGCCGCAAGCGCUUCAAGCGCGCCGAGCUGCCCGCACCGCCGCCGCCGCCCUUCCCCUACGCGCCCUUUCCGCCCGCGCCCGCACCCGCGUCCGCACCGCCCGCGCGCCUCUUCCGCCUGGACAGCCUGCUGGGCUUGCAGCCCGAGCCACCGGGACCCGUGGCGCCCGAGCCGCCUUGCUGCGCAGCGCCCGACGCCGCCUUCCCGUCCUGCGCCGCCGCAGCCUCACCGCCGCUCUACUCGCCCGCGCCCGAGCGCCUGGGGCUGCCCGCGCCGCUGCCCGCCGAGCCUCUCCUGGCCUUGGCGGGCUCGGCCGGCGCGCUCGGGCCGCUCGGUGCUGGGGAAACUUACCUGAGACAGCCGGGCUUCGCGCCGGGGCUGGAGCGCUACCUGUGAGCGUCUCUCCGCGGCGGGAGCGUCUGGUGGAGCGCCAGCCGGCGCUGGAGCAGUGCGAGCUUGUCCGUGGUGCCCGCCCGCCCGCUGCGUGGCGCAAUCCGCUGGGUCCCCGAGCCUCGCAUGGGGCUAAACCUUCCCUGUCCUCUUCCAUGUCUGGGGAGACUCUGACCUUCUCCCUGCCAGACUGAAGCGCCCUCUCCAAUUUGAGGUCUUCUUCCCUCCCUUUACUUGUGCGUCCCAUAAAUGUCCCCUCACACUGCCAAGUCCCGGGCUUUGGAACUGGACGGUCAAAGUGGGGACUCCAGCCCCAAAUGUCCCGGUGAGUUCCCGUUUGUGGUUCCAUCUCUGAUGUUUUGCCAACAUGUCAGAGGUCAGACUCCUGGGUUCGUUACUUCUUUCUACUCCAUCUUCCUCCAUUUACUGAUAAGUUUGACAAAUUUGUUCCCUGCCCUAGCUUUACCUGCCCCAACACAGACUCAACUGACAGCUCUGCUCCGGGUCCUGAGGACAGUUCUUCAGACUUUUCUAGGUUACACAGCACCAGGAUCUCCUGACUGAAUGGGGGAUUAAUAGGAGUCUGUGGCUGCCCCACCUCAUGGAAAUCACAGAACUUAUCUGGUUAUUGUUAUUUUUCAA